CCCGACUAGUGCGAGCGUAUUGUUCGGGUAGAAGCCCGGGGACUGUUCGGCGAAGAGAGCGAAACAUCCACGCUGACUCCUUUUACGCACCGGCGGAGACAAUAGCGGAUUCCAACAUAUGCAUGUCGCUAUAACGGUAUAGCUGGUUGUAUAGACGUACGCUGCUACCCCACUGGUGGAAAUCAAAGGCUGUACAUGGCGGUGGAGAGUACAAUUUGGCUGUUCUGUCUUCUUUCGCUGUUUUGUGGUCCAUCCAAGCAAGAAAAGCCUGUUUCGGUGGAGCUGAGCUGCGGGGCCGGACCCAGCUAUGUAGUGUUGGAGCCAGGUUUGCCCCUCUUGCUGGACUGCAACCUCGGGGCCAGCGAUGCACCUUUCAAUGUCACCUGGCUUCAGGAUGGCCAGCCUCUGCCUCUGGACGGAGCUGACUUCCUGCAGUACUUGGCCAACGGGUCCCUCCUCCUGCUGCCCAGCUCGAAGGACGGACACCUUCCUCAGGGUGUGGAGGGAGGCUACAGCUGUGUGAGCGCCAGCGCCCUGGGAGCGCUGACUAGCCGGACUGUAAAUGUUCUCCUAGCAAGUCUGUCUAAAUUCCAUCAGGAGCCGUCACCCCAGACAGUGCCGGCCGGGGGAGCUGCCCGCUUCGAGUGCCAAAUUGAGGGAGUGCCCACACCUGUUAUUACCUGGGAGAAGGACAAAGUGGCUGUUCCUGAAGAGCCAAGGUUCAUUUCCCUUCCUAACGGGGUGCUGCAGCUUCUGGAGGUGACCAGGGAGGAUGAGGGCGCCUACCGCUGUGUCGCAUCCAACUCUGCCAGAAAAGACAUGAGUCACGAAGCCAGGCUCGCUGUCACCACAGGCUCUACAGAGACCCUGAACAGGGUUGUGAUUGUUGCGCCGCCUCAGAAUGCAACAGUCGUGCUCGGCCGCCCCGCUGUGAUGGAGUGUAUGGCACAAGGCCAGCCGAAGCCGCUGGUGUCCUGGAGCAGGCAAGAUGGAAAGCCGAUCUCCACUGAUGUGGUUGUCCUUGCAACAAACCUGGUGAUUAGGGACACGAGGCGUCACCAUGCCGGCGUCUACGUCUGCCGGGCGAACAAGCCCAAGACCAGAGAGUUUGUGAUCGCUGCUGCUGAGCUGCAUGUGCCUGCACCUCCAGUGAUCCUCCAGCCCCCAGAGACCGCAUCCCUCUCCCGGGGCAACACAGCUAGGUUUGUGUGCAACAGCUCCGGGGAGCCUCCUCCGGUGUUGCACUGGCUGAAGAACGGCAAGCCCAUCAAGCCCUUCAGACGCGUGAAGAGCCAAACCCCUGGAGUCCUGCUCAUCAACCAGCUAGCACUGGAGGACGCGGGCUACUACCAGUGCAUAGCUGACAAUGGGCUGGGCACGGCAUGCGCCACCGCCAAGCUGACGGUGAUCGUGAGGGAGGGUCUGCCCAGCCCUCCUCGCCACCUGUCUGCCACACCCUACUCCAGCACAACUGCCCUGCUCACCUGGGAGAAACCUGAGUACAACUCUGACCAGAUCAUCGGCUACUCUGUGCACUGCCAGCGUGCCGCAGGCUCAGAUAACGUGGAGUACCAGUUUGCGAUGAACAACGACACCACCGAGUACCACGUCAAAGAACUUCUCCCACAUACUGCCUACACAUUCUUCGUGGUGGCUUACUCUCCGAUGGGCGCCAGUCGCCCGUCCCUGCCUGUUACUGUAGAGAUGCUGGAGGACGUGCCGAGUGCACCUCCUCAGCUGUCGAUAGCCAGCACCUCCCCCACAGACAUCAGGCUGAUGUGGCAUCCAUUGUCCUCGCAGCACAGUCGAGGAGCUGUCACACGCUACCGCAUAGAAUACAGCACCUUGGAUCAGGUGGACAGUGUAUUCUCAGUUGAAGUUGGGGGUAAUGAGACUCAAUUCACACUAAGAGAGCUGCAGCCAAACCAAGCCUACCGACUGAGGAUCACAGCUGGAACAGGCGUCGGCUUCGGGGUUCCCUCUGAAUGGGCCCAGCACCAGACAUUAGCCCAGUACAACCACAGUGAGCACAGCCUGGUGAUCUUUGCCCCGAAUGAGCUGAAAGUCAGAGCCAGGCUGAACACACUGAACGUGACAUGGCAUCCCUCACCCAAUCACACGCUGGUCUCUGGCUACAAGCUGUCCUGUCGAGAGGUGGAAGCAGACAAAUUGGUGAGUGGAGGGAGGCCAUCGCAGACCCACACCAUCAGGCUCCGGAAGAAGGCCAGGUAUCAUCUCCUCACCGGCCUGGCCCCCGACCGGCAGUAUGAGGUCAGGGUUUGGGCCUUCAACAAGCAGACAGACGGAGCAGCUGCUGUCUGGAAGGGGAGGACAGACAAGCUUCACAAUGCAACACCCACACCACCCCCACCACCGCGCCCCCCUCCAUUGCCCCCAAGCAGCAUCCAAGCCAUGGCCAACACUUCCACCUCCAUCUGGCUGCGCUGGGAGAAACCGAGGUUCAGCAACGUACGGAUCAUCAACUACACGGUGCGCUGCAGCCCGGCCGGCACCACCAACGCCUCCUUGGUGUCCUAUCACACCAGCUCUGCUCAGGAGAUACUGCUCGGGGCGCUGAAGCCCUUCACCCGCUACGAGCUGGCCGUGCAGUCUAAUGGAGUGGAUGUGGUGGGACCUUUCAGCGGCACAGUGGAGGAGUCGACUCUGUCUGACCGGCCCUCCACACCUCCGGAGGAGCUGCAGCUGAGUGCUCUGGACUCAUCGUCUGUGCUGGUGAGCUGGCGCCCUCCACUGGAGCCAAACGGUAUCAUCAUCAGCUACAGGAUUUUAUACAGCGGCAACCUCAGCCAGCCCGAGCACUUGUGGGGAAACCUCUCUCAGGACGGAAGCAUUACCAGUGUGGAGGUGCAGGGUUUGUUUGGUGGCACCCGUUACUUUUUUAAAAUGGGUGCAUCUACUGAGGUGGGGCCGGGGCCUUUUUCACCUAUAAAGGAUGUUCACACCCCUCUUCCAAAAUAUGAGCUGGACAUCCACGCAGUGACAGGCAUCAUAGUCGGUGUGUGUCUCGGACUGAUAUGCAUCCUGCUCUGCAUGUGUUUCAGCUUCCGUAAUGGCAAAUCCAGGGAGGUGUCUGGGGGUCUGGACCCCACAGCUGUGACCCCUCAGUACAGGAGAGGAGGCAGCCCCGCUUCCACCAACGUGCCAGAGUGCAGCGAUAGCCACGAGCUGGAGACACUAAUGCCCCCAGGCAACCAAGAGUCUGGCCAGCCGCUAGAGGAGGCCUCAGAGGAGCAGAGCCUGAUGGCAAGUGCUAAUCCGAGGGAAGGGGAGGAUGCCCCCGCACCUGAACCCAAGGCUGCUUGGAAUGGCUCUGUGAGCCAUGACUGGGCCAACAGAAUCACUAGAUACAGAGACACCAUAACAGAAGACUCUCCAACUCUCAUUAAUGGAGCUCUCAACACGCUAAUUACUGAUAACAGCACGGACUCAUCUGAUCGUCUGUGCACAUCCGUGUGCAGUAACCAGGUCGAGGCAGAAGUCAUUGUUCACUCAGAGCUGACAGAACCCAGGAGGGAGAAAGAAGAGGAGGGCAGCAAAAGGGAGAUGGAUUCUAACACCCCCAGAGGACCCUCAUUAUCCGAGGACAGAUAUUCCCCUUUGAGCGAGCCAUGCCCACCAGGCGAGGACGACACACUAGAAAAACUAUCACUGGCUCAAAGCCCCUUGAGUCUUCCCUCGCUAAAGUUGGUGGCUAAUCACAACGGGGAGCUGGAAGGCAUGGGAGACCAGCCGAAUGCAGACUCAGAGCCACAGCAAGACAUUGGGCUAACCAAUGGCUUCCACUCCCCAAAGACGGUGCGUACGGUGCUGAGGUCAGAGCAUCUGGAAAACGGAGACUCCAGACACUGCCCCUCGGCACCAGGGAAGGCCAUCUCUGCCGGGCUGUCCCCUGCCCCCUUUGUCAGCUCCGGCCUUGUCCACUCUACCUCAGCAGCACACAGUUAUCUGUGCCCGUAGCCUCCGCAUGUAGGGCAUCGACCGUAACACACACAUACAGACAUCAGACUGAUUCUCUUUCUUUCACAUACCCAGGAAGAAUCCCGAAGGAUUAUUUUUAUGCAUCUCAUUAUCGGAUUCCUUUUUUUCUCCCUUGCAAAGUUUUUAUAGGUACUUUGAAUCCAUUGUUUCAUACGUAUGUAUAUACAGUCUACAUAUACAGUAUAUUUUUAGUGGUAGAGUACUGUAUAUGGGUAUGCAUUCUCUGGCAUUGCAACCAUAUUUUUCCUCUGGGUUCUCUUUCCUGUCCUACAGGAAAGAAAAGGAAAGAUUUAUCUUAACGAAGCAGAUGGAAGUGGAUAGAAGGAGGCUAUUCCCACUGUGUCGCACAUGGCUCUGUUGCACUCAGGAAUGAGAAAACCUGGAAUGUUAUUAGCGAAUGAGACGGGCUAUCAUCGUGGAUGAGAGCAUCGGAAGUGCGGCUCGAUGGGUCUCCCCGGGCUCCGUCGCAUGGAUGCGACUUUACCGAGUGGCACUGAGGAAUAAGCCUUAAAGAGUAUCUGCACACUCUGAGGGUGCAGAACACCUGUGUCCCUCUCCAGCCUCCUGUUGUCUCAGGGUCCACACACACACACACACACACACACACACACACACACACACACACACACACACACACACACACACACAGAUUCCACGGUAUCUCAUGGUCACCCAUAAACACACAUUUACGCACACACCUUUCCUGACUGCAGUGUGGGGGUCUCAGGUGCCUAAUUAUUAUAGGUGCGUUUAUAACCUCUGUAUAUUUCUAUAGAUGAUUAUAACCAGUACAAAUACAAAAACACUUGUCAACAUGAAGGAAAGAACACACAAAAUGUAAAAAAAAUAUGUGGAGUAUACAGAUCUGGUACACAUGAAGUAUUUUUCUUUUCUUUUUUUUUUUUUCAUAAAUGCCAUUUAUCCAUGUGGUAUGGGUUUGGAAAACCAGGGACUCUCAGUUCAAAACUAAAAAUGCAUUUUUUGCUGUAUUUCAGAUGGUGGAUAUCUCAUUUCAAAACAAAAGUAUUUACAUGUACAUGUUGGUUUUGGUUUUAAUUAUGUUGGUGGGAAAACUAGAGGAGGUUCCGACAACCCAUCUAUAGAUCACUCUUCUGGUUUGGGUCCUAUUUAGGGAUGCACCAGUGUAAGAUUGUGCCAUUAGUCAAUCAUUUUUUUAAGACAAAAGCCUUGCCAUGUUUUUAAUUUGAGGUAAUAUUAACUUGUUUCUAUACGGCAAUUCAAUUACAGCUGCACAAUUCUCUAUUCUGCUACAGUACCAUAAAUCACGAUAACCUGACUCGAAAUUCUUACAUUUAUCAUAUAGGAAAGGAUGACAAAAUAAAUACAUUUUAAAAACAAACCCUUUUUAAAAAACAUAUAUAUAUCUCCAUAAUUGGUUGAUUCGAGAAGCUCAGUAAGUGAGAAUUUGUCGCGGCGGUGCGUGAGGGGAACUGGUGCAUCCCUACUCCUUAUCAACAACACUACCUCAUUUCUUUUCAGGACGCUUACCAGUUUGGUUUUCUUACUUUUACGUAACUAGCACCUUUUUAAAGAUCUCUUUCUUAACGUGUCUGGUUUUACAAAGCCUCUGUUAUUCGCAGAAAUACUCAUCCAAUACUGACUGUACACCCUCCUGUUUUACGUCAAAGAAAUGUGUGUGGAUUUAGUGUACAGCAGCUUUACUCUCAGAUCUCAAAAAGAUUGUGUCACUCUGUAUUGUUACUGUUUCAAUACAUUACACGUACGUUAACACCCAGAGUCGUUCAUAUGAAGCCCCUGAAAUGAGGUCUGAACAAUUUUAUCAAAUCCAUUUUUGACCUGCUUCAAAUAAAACUAGGCCACCGGUGGUUUGACUCUCCACCUGCAGGUAAUGAGUGUCGCUCCUACGUUUUCCCCUUUUUACAGGUUCUGUUCGAGUGUGAUUAUGUAAGAAGGAUUUAUUCAUUUUAAAGGAUACACAUCUUGACAGUGCUGACCUUUGAGACGAUGGGGCGACGCACAGUCCAAAUUAGAGGAAGCUAAAGUAUUAGCUGCUUUGCACCUUUCAGCUUGAUAUAACUUCCUCUGUCGGAGUCAUAACUGUUCCACCAAAGAUGAACAAUUAGCAGGUGGUUAUGAGACAGGAACAGAUUGUUUCUAAAUGUCUUUUAAUAAAACUGAAGUUUUGGUCCUGUUAGUGGGUGAACUGAGCUAAUAAGCUAAUGGACGGUUAUGAAAUUGUAAGUUUCAUAGCUUUACCGGAAGAAGAACUGUUCAGCAAAUGAGCAAUGGUUAGUCGACAGGACUCAGUGGUGUGUAUACAUCUUAUAAAUAAGCUGCAUGAACAUUUUGUCCUGAUAACUACUGAGCAGAGCUAACAAGCUAACUGAGUAUUAGCUAGGUUGCUAACUUUAUAGCUUGGGCAGAGCAAGAACUUUUCCACUAAAAAGCAACGGUUAACAUAGAGGAUUUGAUGGUUUAUGUAUUUAUUUAAGAUAAACUGUGAACUUUUGGUCCUGUUAGUGACUGAGCUGACUUUACAAGCUUAUGAACUGUCAGCAAGCUUGUUAGCUUAACAGCAUAAAUUUUCCCCUAUCAGUAACUUGUAUUGAUAAACUGGUUUGCAAUGGUAAACAAAACUACCAGGGGGAAGUAAACACAACAGUAGUGAAAAAACAUAAAUAAGUUCUGGGAGCUAUUGUGACAGACUACCGUUAGCUUGCUAUUUAGCAAUUCAACAACUAGUCGCUGCUUAACACUCAUUGCCUGCAGGUGGUGCAAUCAGUAAAAUGACAGCAGCUUUAACACUAUUUGUUCCUGCAGUCAAUAAUUGACUUUAAUCAUAAUAAACAGUGAGUUUUUUCAGGCUACAACUUGGUUCUAAGUCUAUGUUAAGGACGCUAACAUCACAUAUAAACUCACUUUACUCAGAAAAAGCAAGAAUGAGUCUGACAAAUUGUACAUAACAAAUACGUCUGAGUGAUUCUACGAUAAUGACAGCUUGGAUCAGCUUAUAAUAAUGAUAAAAUUCACUUCAAAUAUUGACAGAAUUAAUGCGAGCGUCACCCUGCUGUACAUGAUGUCUCAUCCUCUGUCAGGUGGCUUUGUACAACCCUGUUUAUCUUUCCCACUUAUCUACUCAUGUCCAUGCAAAGUGUCAAAAUCUCACCAGCUCAACUCACAUCAGCAAACAGAAUUGUAAAAUGGCUCCUCAAGUAUGAAACACCCUGAACAUGUUUCUCACCAACAUAAUUGUGUUUUUUUCUCUAAAACUUUUGUUUGAUUUUUCUGAAACAAAACGAAUGGAUGGUACCUCAAAGAAACCUUAUUUUUUUAGCCUUGCCAUGUAUGUAGUGAACAUGAUUUACAUGUUUUUACUGCAGUUGCAGUCAUAUAGGGACAGAAGUGAAUGUGUUCUUUAGCAAACCUGGGUCAAAUGUUCAUUGGAUUUUUGGGGUGAUUGAUUGCGGUUUGCCACAUCAGGAAAAUUCUGAUUGUCAGUAACAGAAAUGUUUGUCAAACACCUUACUAAAGACAUAAAAAAAAAUGUAUGGCACUCACUGUACUGUGCUACCUGGCUAACCACACUUACACAGUGCAUGAAGAGCAACUCAACAGCAGACUCACCUGUGGCAGGAAACUGCUGCGGCUGCACUGCUCCACUCAUCAAUCUAACGUGGCAGGUGUGUUUUAUUUGUGGCCACACUCCAAUUAGUGAUGUCAGAGCAGGUUUCCAUCAGCUGUUAAAAGGUAAACACCUGCUGUGACAUCACUGAUCGUGUGACAAAUUAAAUGUAAAGUGAGCGGUGCGGCCGCAGCUUUCUGCCCAGCGGGACUGAUGAUCAUUUGCCCUUUACAUGCAAUCCAGGUCGGCCAUGAUUUGCAGUGCUACCUUAAGAAGAGACGUGCUUAAAACCCCGGACUGUGUUCCCGCUGCUCUCGGAUCUGCCCUUAGUGAUUCCAUUCACUGCACUGUUUGCAGACGCUGAAGGCCAAGUCGAUGGAAGUCACGCAGUCAGGGGCAUUACGACAGCGUUUCUUUCAAGGAAGUUGCUGGUCGUGGUGACAAGAAUGAAAGUGACUUUUUAUUAAACAUUUUCAUGUAA